GGAGGGGCUAGUAGUUGUAAGUUCUGGCGACAUGGCUGAAGUAAGUGAUAGAGUGCGUGGUUCUUUGCUUGGACUGGCUAUCUGUGAUGCAGUGGGAACAGCAGUGGAGUUUAUGCCACCAGGGAGUUUUGAGCCUGUCACAGGCAUGAAGGGAGGAGGCAAAUUCUCUCUGCAACCUGGACAAUGGACAGACGAUACCAGUAUGGCCCUGUGUCUUGCGGAGAGUUUAAUUGAGUGCCACGGCUUCAACCCCGUCGAUCAAAGCAAGAGAUACUGGAGAUGGUAUGAGGAAGGCCAUUUGUCUAGCACUGGUGAUUGCUUUGAUGUGGGAAAAACGGUGAGCAUGGCAAUGCACAAGUUCCAACGGUCCAGAGAGACUGACCCAUAUCCCGGGUCCACUGCCAAGUCAGCAGCCGGCAAUGGCUCUCUAAUGAGGCUGUGCCCUGUUCCACUGCUCUACCGUACACACCCGGAAGUUGCCAUGACAAUAAGUGGAGAAUCAUCACGAACGACUCAUGGAACUGAAGCGGCUGUGGAUGCAUGCAGGUACUAUGCUGGACUCAUUGUGGGUGCUUUAAAUGGUUUGCCCAAAGAAGAGCUCCUCUCUCCUCGCUAUAGUCCAGUCCCUGGUUACUGGGACACCCACUCCCUUGUACCUGCAAUUCAAGAGAUUGCAAUGGGAUCAUUCAAGGUGAAAGAACCACCAGAGAUAAAUGCCUCGGGCUAUGUUGUUAAGUCAUUAGAGGCCGCGCUAUGGGCCUUCUAUAGCACCUCAUCAUUCAAAGAAGGAUGUCUCAAAGUCGUCAAUCUUGGAGAUGAUGCUGACACUGUUGGAGCCAUUUAUGGACAAUUGGCCGGUGCUUUUUAUGGAGCCAAAUCAAUACCAGAGGAGUGGAUGAGAAAAUGUUCAUUGAGAGCGCUGCUAGAGCUGUUUGCAGAUGAGCUGUGCAGUUUGGCCGAUACCGUUGCUAUACCAACUGACAAAUUUCCGGAAAUUGCUACCGAGAACUGUUCUGUUGCCUACCAGCAAGUGAAGCUACUAGGAUACAACCUGCUAGAGGACGGUAACAAGGGCAUCGUACGAAGGAUGAAACCUUGUCCAAAGGCCUAUAAAAAAUUGGAGGACUUUGACGGAGCUGUUUCCGAGCUGAGAGACAAGUAUCUCUCUCUACCGUCCACUGCCCAGUGUGAAGAGAUCCUCUCUGACUUUUCAGCACGAUGGGCUCAGGACAGAGACACUCUCAAACUCAGACUAGGUAGAGGGACAGUGUAGCUGCUGUUAGUUUUGUUACAAUUACAAUUUCGAGUUGUUGGACAUAAACUUUUUUUACAUGUACAUUUUUAUGAUUAUUGUUAACGAAUUCGGCAUACAUGUAAUACUGUUUUGAACAUAAACUGCUGACAAUGAA